GCGUGCAUGACCAUGGAGUAAGUGUGACCCCAGUCAAGCUGUCAUAGGGAAUGAGAGUGUCAGACCGUAGACCUUUUGCUGCUAGGGUCUUCAUGCAUAAUGCGGGAACAGCACUACAGCAGUGAGUGAAAGCUCUUAGCAUCAUAGAGAAAGGACCACCGACAUUGGACACGGUGUAGGGUGUAUUUUUGAUUGCCGGUGUAGCGUGAAUUUACGUUUCUAUGAAAUUCGGACUCAUUGGUAAUACCGCGCAUCGACUUGGACCGGGAUUUGCAACGACAUCAUCAUGACUACAUGCAGGACAAGCAGCAAUGGUGGUCGCGCGUAUUUGGUUCUACUCGCCAUGCAUGUCGCCUACAUCCUAUUCGCGGGAACCAGCAAAGGUUUGGGUGUUCUCCUACCGACGCUCAAGGAAUACUUCGACACUCACACAUGGCUGGUUGGAUCUAUAAUCUCCUUCAUGAUGACAAUAAUGGAUUUAUCAUCUUUACCAGCAGGAGUGCUGAGUCGUCGAUUCCCAUCGCGAUAUAUCGUCGUCAUCAGCGGCACAUCUGUCGCUGUUGGGCUUUGCCUGGCAUCCUUCGCACAAACCGUCUUCCAGUUCGGAGCAUGUCUUGGAGUGCUUUCAGGUGCCGGCUAUGGUUUCACCAUCAUCACCAUAGAAAUUGAACUCGCGCGUCACUUCUCUCGGAAAUACGCAUGCGCAAACGGUAUUGCGACCGCCGGGUCAUCCGUCGGUCUGUUUGUCAUGACGCCGCUGGUGCAGUAUUUAUUGGACGAAUAUUACUGGAGGGGGGCGCUUUUUAUCGUAGGUGGAUUGUCCUUGAAUAUGGUAGUGUGCGGCUGUCUGCUGCCUCUGCAUCCCCCUUCGAGCGAGGACGAAGGUAAGGAUGAAUGCCAAACGGAGCCUUCUUCGAGUGAACCGCAGGAUGACCUUGAAUCCGUGGCCGAUGAAGACCAGGAAUCCCCAGGAAAUCUGCGCCGCUCUGGCUACGGAAGGCUUGCCAAGGCCUCCGGCGUCACCGUCUUUAAGGAGUUCCCUUUCUUCGUGAGCGUCACCAUCACCUCUUGUAUCAGGUUCGUGUUCUCAGCUUGGACCAUCUACUUCGUGCCUCACGCGGUGGAUGUGGGAUUCACAAAGAUCCAAGCAGCUUUGUUUGUGACCAUCACAGCAGUCGGGAACUUGGUUGGUAAGGCUUGCCACGGACCUAUCGUGGACAGGAGACUGGUAACCAGACGGGUCAUGAUUGGUUUAUCCACAGCCGUGACUGCAGUGAUAUUCCUACUGGAUUCUUGGAUGGCUACACCUGCUGUUAUGAUCACUGCGUGUCUGGUGAAUGGUGUGGCAUUGGGUGUGGCCGGUAGCAUGAUACAGGUGUUCUUGAGAAAGGUGGUGGGAGUGGAAAGGCUUGCCAAGAGCCUUGGUUGGACCAACGUCAUCUCGGCGGUUGUCCGGAUUGGUGCUGGCUUCUUUCCAGGUUGGAUCUACGAUCAGACAAUGAGCUACUAUUUGUCCUUCGUCAUGAUUGGUUGCGUGUCGGCCAUGUGUCCGAUCCUACUAAUCGUGGAAUUCUUCGCAUAUCAACGGUAUCGUCAAGGCAAAUACGAUCUCAGCUUCAAGUAACCAUCUGCCCCCCGUGUGAAAAACCAUCUGCCCCCCGUGUGAAAAUAAGGUUCUUAAACCACUCAAAUAAAAGGAUCUUGUUUUCCCCCUUUUAUUUGAUACCACAUUUGAGGUCGUGGGGCUUGUAGUUCUUAAGGUUUCCUAAGUUUUCCACUUCACAGUCGUGUCCACUUCUCCGUGGAAUUGCGCCGAUGCAGUACAGCGAGUCGUGCGUUCUUCGUUUCAAAUGUCUUUGUAUUAACGGUGCUAACUGGCAACAUUAAAAUACAACGUCUAAGUACAGUUGAUGUGAAUAGGAUAACAAUAUGAUACUAAAGCUUUAACCUAUGUAUCUUUAUCAAGAAAAUAUUUAUGAAUUGGUGUUUCCACAUUAACAAAAUGUAACUGCUGUUUUCGGUACAAUUUUUAACUGUUCCGGUACUUAUUUAAAAUGUUAUGUAAUUUUAAAUUUGUCCAGUAUUUUUUAGUCUUUGGACUGUUAUUUAUGUCAUCGCCUGCAAAUUUCACGCUCUGUACUUAAUUGUUUGUACAAUGUACAUAAUAAUUAUAUAUUGUAAAAAAAAAACUGUCGAAUUUAUUUAGAUAUAUGUUUGUAUCAUUUCAUUUCCCCCGGUCUCGUGAGUAUCGGGCUACACUAAAGGCGGUGCAGCCUGAUAAAAUAAAUGUACUGAAGCUCCUGACGGAAACCCAAAGGAAUAACACAGGUGUCAUGAUCAUCUACACUUCUGAUGUGACAAGCGAACAAUUCCGGGGGCGAUUAUGUCCUGCGUGCAACACCUGUCCGAUAACCUACUCUCGAUAUCAACUUCACCGGACGCUGAUACUUACAACCGAGGACAAAUCAUAACUAACAACUAAACAACCGCAUGUCCGUACUAAUCAGACUCAUUGGGUCAUGAUAUGAACGAGAAAUCCACCCAUUUCCCAUGAGUCAAUGGAUAGAUUUCCCGAACUGUUUGCUUUUUGACUCAAAAAGUCGGUCAAAAUAUGACAUCAUUCGCUACGCCCUUUCCCAAUGUGAAAAGUCACAAUACCAUCGA